CGACUGUCCCAAGUUUUCUGGGAAAUAAUCUCUCCCCUACGUCCCGACACCUCCAUCGAACUCAGCCGGAAGGGUAUCCGUGCCUCUUAGUGGCGGGCUGUUCGUGAUUCAGGCACAGCCACAGGCCCAGGACGACUGGCGAUCGAGGCCCAGCCAAUGGUACUUGGCAAGGCGGCAGCAGCAAGAAGCUCCCCCACGCUAUUCAGGCCACUCAAUUCUCUACCCAUCAGCCUUAUGAAAGGGAUUAACAACCCCAAGAACUCCAAGCCUGAGGAUGAGCCCCUAACCAUUCCAGUCACUGAGGCCCAGAAGCCUGGGGACUGGAAUGAGGAGAUUGCAACUGGGUCGUUCAUAUCAACUCUAUACUCGAACACGCCAAGGCCUCUAGCUGUGGUCCCUAAACAAAGUCUACAAAGAAGAGCUCCACAUACAAGCUCAACCUGAUUGAGAUGCGAUCCGAGCUAGGACGACUUGAUGCUAGCGAACACUGCUUGAAAAGAAAACGUUGUGGUUGAAAUCGAUGUUAUGGCUGGGCAAGUUUCUGUUUCUUAAGAUAUAAGAGAAAGCUGAUGAUGCUUUUGGAGACGGCUGGCAUGUGUAUGUCGUUCCUUUUGGGGCAACAAGAAGCUGUAGAUACGUAGUUCGCA